AUGGACAGACAGACAUAUAAAAGAUUUUCAACUUUUAUACCUAUUACAAAUCAUACAGCUCAGUCAUUAUUUAAUACAAUCAAAUUUUUUUUGACAAACAUUAGUCUUCCGAUAGAAAACAUUCGUGGACAGUCUCACGAUAACAGACCAAAUAUGAGCGGAAAAUAUAGCGGACUACAAGCACGUUUGAAGAAGAUAAACAAAUAUGCUGAUUUUGUACCUUGUGCAGCACAUUCUCUAAAUUUGGUAGGGGUAGAAGCAGUUAGUAUAGUAACAUUAAUUAUUAAUUAUUUUGGGAUUUUGCAACGAUUAUACGUAUUUUUUUCUGCAUCGCCACACAGUUUAAGUAUUACAAAAUGGUCAAUGCAUCAUGAUUUAGUUAAAGCAUUAAAAAAUGGCUACAGUGAUAUUUUGAAAACUCUUAAUUAUAUUUAUGAAGAAAGCGAAGAUAAGCUUGAUUGUAAAAGAGAGCAAGAGGGGAAAGACAUUUUUAAUGGCAAGGACAAGUUUCAGGUAGAGGUGUACUAUGUCCUUUUUGAUUCUUUAGCAAACGAUUUAUCGAAAAGAGGAAGAGUAUACAAAGAAAUAAAUAAGAAAUUUAAAUUUCUUUUGAAUAUAGGAAAAAAAGAUCAUUCUCAUAUAGACAUGGAAAGCAUUAAUUAUGUCAUUUCAUUUUACAAUAAUGACAUAGAUGCUGGACUAAUAAAUGAAUGUACACAAUUUAGGGAAUAUCUUCAAAUUACAAAUAAAGAAAAAAAAAAUGUUCCAGUAUGCUUAAAUUAA